AAGCUGAAUUAUUGGGUAGAGUUUUAACCACAGCCAUAAAGACACAAAAGGGGAGGGGUUUCAAGUUAUAAUCAGGAAAUGUUUCAAAAGUGACCUUUACUCUAACAAGGUCUGCUAACAAAGCAGAUAUCCACGACUAAAAUGGGUCUAGAAGAAUUUCAAAGCUUCCCGAAUUUUUGUGAGCACUUGAAAGACCUCAAAAGUCUAACAUUGAAGGAACGUUUGCUGCAAGUUUUCUUGGAGGAAGAUGUGAUGAUUGCAAAAGACGAAAUGCAGAGAAACUUGGACUGGGUGAAAGAGGAUGUGAACGACAUACUGCUCAAGCUAAAGGAGUCACAGGAGCAGGAAAAGAUAAAGGAACUGGAGAUAAUGGCGGAACGGCUGAGGUUGGAGGAGUCAGACAUGCUUUCCUUAAAUAGAGAGAAGAAAGAUAUACGAUUCUCCUCUGGCUUUCUGAUUUCACAGAACUACAUGAGGACCCCAACAGUGGACAACCCCAAUGAGUUAGACUGUUUGGUUCCUAUAAUAAUUGCAGAGAACGUGGAACACUUCUACACAGAGGGCACGGUUUUUCUGUCCUCGCAGUCUGAUACCGUCGCAUUCUCUUUCAUUGUUCUGAAUCCAAGAGAAGUUCAUAAAGUUUUUGAAGAACACGUGCUGUCAGCUACGUCAAAGAGACCCAUUGAUGUGUAUCGCUCGAAACCAAAUUCUCCUUCAGUAUCUGUGACUCUUAAGAGAAGAACUGAAAAGCUUCAUGUUGACCUGGUUCCUGUCCUUCAGAUUCCUUUCAGUGAAUACAAACACAUUGACUGGCCAAGAGCAAAGACACGCUGGCCAUCACAGGAGCUGAUUGCAAAAAGCAAAGAGACUGGAAUUGAUCUGGUCGCUAAGGAAGUCUGGAGGCCUACAUUCUCUCGUAUUGAAAACAUUCUUCUGGAAGAUAUUGACAGGGAUGGAGGACGACGGAAGGAUGCUUUGCAGAUUUUACUGCGAGUUUUGCAGGAGCGAUGGCAGGAUUUCUACAAAACACUCAGCUCUUACCAUUUGAAGACAGUCCUAUUCUGGGCUUGUGAAAAACAUCCUGAAUUUACCAAGUGGGAAACGUUGGAGAAAUCUUUGAACGUGCUUCUGGAUGAAUUAAUUCGCCGGCUGGAGUCCAGGGCUGUACCGCACUACUUCCUGUCUGAAGUGAAUCUGCUCAGGAGUACAGAACAGCUAUCAGAGCUCCUGCUCCAGGUGACAGAGCUGAGAAGAGACCCUGUCACUUAUUUGGAAAUACAAAAUGUGUUUGAAUACAGUCCUCUAGAUAUCGGCAAGUAUUGGUACUCAGUUAUGAAUUCCCAAAUCCGACUUUAUUCCCGGCAAAUUAAAUUUGGAGGUCACGUUUUUGUCUCCAGUGGACUUUUUGAAUAGCUCAUUAUUCCAUUUAUAUGUUUUCGUUAUUUUUUUGUCAUGGAACGUUUUUCAUUGUGACGUUUUGCAAUGCAAAUACAAUCUGUUGCUAAGAUCACUGUGUAUCAUUUUAAACAAAUGCUUAUUUCACACAUACUGAACAGCACUGUUAAAAGGUUUGGAAACAUCAAGUGAUUUAUAGCAAUACAGGGUGGAGAUCGCAUUGCCCAUAUUUCCUCAUUCAGACCCCUUACUAAACACCCUGCUAUCUCUGAAUAGAUAAUCCUCUCCUCUUUAACAAUAUGCUAAUAUUUUAAUGAGUAAGACCUCUCACAAGUAGACUGGUCCCCUGAAAUGUUCUCCUUGUUCUAGGAAAGCAGCACAGCUGGGGGUGGGGAGUUUUGCUGCAGGAUAACUUCACUCAGACUACCUUCUCAUUAAAUAUCUUGGCAUCCCUGAAUAGAAAACCAUCUCCUCUAAAAAUAUACUAAAUAUUUUAAUGAGCAGUCUGUCCCACAAGUGCCGUGAUCCCCAAAUACGAUCCUCUUACUAGUAGUGCGGACCGACUGGGCUUAUCAUUGCGUCUUGGUUUCUGGCUACGGACUGCCAAGGCAUGACCAGUCUUGACAGUCACCACUCAGGAACAAAAGCUUGGAGGGGCGGGAGGGAGGUGGAAAAUCAAACAGACAGAAGGAGUGCUUGACCCAGGUCUUCAAUAGGGAGGGUCAUCGGUAUAUUGCUUGGUUAAUUAAGGAGAAGCCCUUGCACCUGCCCCCUGAACAACACCGGUUACAAAACAAUGCUGGUCUCAUUACUGGACUGCUGUGCUGUAUGAUAAAAUGUAUGUUUCAUCGGGGCAGGUAUUUUCAUAAAGACUGGGAUACUGCUGUCCUAGAAAAAAGGAGAGCAUUUCAGGGGACAAUUCUACAUGUGAGGUGUGUUUCUCAUUAAAAUAUUUAGCAUAUGUUUACAGAGGAGACAAUGAUCUAUUUAAAGAUACCAAGAUAUUUAGUAAUUAAGGCAUCUGAGUGAGGAAAAUAGGCAAUAUGACCAUCCCCACAGUCCUGCUCUAAAUCAUGUGUUGUUUCCACACUUCUGAACUGCAUUUCUGUGUAUACGUAGAACCCUAUCGUUUGUUUUUCCUUUUCUCAUUUUUUCAUGUGAUGACAAUAUUACUAUGAACUCGAAUACUCUGUGGAGCUGGUGGGGGUUAUGGGAUGGUGUUGUUUGUUUGGUGUUUAAUAAAAAUAGAACUUAAAUAAAUAAACUUUUAUUUGUAAAAAUUUG